AUGUCAGAAUACGAUCUUCAAUUUCAAGCCGAUUUGGAGAAGGCGCAGGCUUUGAGUAUGGAAAGUCUGGCUUUGGAACAGUUUCGUAGACAGAAGCAACUAUCUAGCGCAGAUAAUAUUCGCGAGGUGGGCGUCAGUUCCCGUCGUCGCGACGAGAGUGACGGACCGCCCCCCGCACUGCCCCCGCCCCCGCGGAAACCACCGCGAGGACGUGCCGCCGCCGAUAAUACCAGGUCCACAGGAGCGAGCCCGACGAGAGAUGACACCAGCGAUCUCAUAUCAUUUGCAAGUCCUACAAGUAAAUCAGCACCCAAAGAUGCCAAUGAAUCAUUAAAGGAGUAUAUCAAUCAAAUUCACAAACAGACCGAGGAGCUUGCACUUACUACGACAGACUUAAAUCCAGUUGCAAUGAAUAAUCAGAACCAACCCAACCAGACUCCUGGAUAUCCAUACGCACCAUACUACAGCUAUUAUUCUUAUAAUACGAUGACCCCUAGUCCGUAUCCUCCUGCUGCGCCAUAUGGAAUGCCAACACCUAUACCAACUCCAAUGCCAACUCCAUUGCCCACGGCAAUGCCAACCCCGAUGCCAAACUAUCCAUAUUACGCACCAACUGUUGCUACUUCUCGUGAAUCCACGCCCGUCUACAUGCCCGUAAACCCACCGAUGUAUGCGCCAACAAUGCAUUACAGUCAGACACGUAUGGCUACCCCAUCGGGUACGCCUUAUCCUAAUUACCAUUCGUCAAGCCCACAAACGCCAACAUAUAAUUUCAACACCACAAACAUGAUAUCAAGACCACCUCGACCCGCCAGCAUAUAUCCACAACUAAAUCAAAUACACACUUACCCGAUGGGAACGAAUCCAGCACCGAAACAAAAUGGGAAUAACAAUAACAUUAAUAAUAAUACCGCCGUUCCUACUCCUGUGAAGAAUGAACCAAGUAAGGAUAUCGUUGAAAGUGACAAGUCGAGGAAACUUUCGGAGGUUAGCAAUGUGUCCAACGAAUCUAACGACACUAUAGGCAGCCUGCCCAAGUCGCUGAACUUGAUCGACUUCGGCGGCAGACAACGAGGGUCAGGUAGCGUAAGAGUCAGUGUGCUUGAGGAUUUUGACCCUUUAUUAUCUGAGCAAAGUAACGCUGAAUAUGUCGUGGCCAGUGAGUGCUCCAGCAGUGUAUAUGAAGAGUACGAUCCUCUCGAUUUUCUAUACGGAGAAACGGAGAUGCGAGAUGCGCCCGUGUACGCAACAAUUAACAAGCGAGAAAGCACGAUGUUACCGUCUCCGCCGCCGAAAUCUAUACCAAGUGUGCCCGCUGUCGCCAAAAGAUCCACUACAAAUAAACUCUACGAUUGCAUAGUGAAAGUUAGAACAAGGAAUUACGAUAGUGAGCACAAAGCAUUUCUAAAUAUGGUUCUCGAUGUGAGAAAAAAGUUUGUGCAUUCAGAUCUGAAAACGAACCCAGGUCAUGUGAUAGCGGCUAGGUCAGGUGGAAAAUAUCCUCCUAACACCAGUCUGAAGAUUCUAGUCCAUCAUGCUCAUAGCGAUGAGCCAAUCACCUUCACUUCGGAUGUGGAGUCGACGGUGGAACAUGUGAUAUUAACUGUAGUAUGUUCUCUUGAAGAAGAGAUAAGAGAAGAUAUGUCGGGAUAUAUGUUGAGGGUUUGGGGUGCUAAAGAAUAUCUUACGCCUGGUAGUGCUCUCAGUGAAUACGAUUAUGUGCGCGAGUGCGUACGACUUGAGAAGGACGUCACAUUGUGCCUACAUGAGGGGAGGGAUGACGAUCUCGCUCGCACAGAAAGAGACGACGCUAGAGAUUCGCAUCUCACUUUAGACGAUCUAUUGCCUACGCAGGGAGCUACGCCUAUGUUGUCGUUUGACAACUUAUCUAUUUUAUUAGAAACGUUGGAGGGCGAGUUAUCAAGAGCGAUAGGUGUGACCGGAGCAGAAGGGAGUUGUUCUCCUAAAGCUGUGUUCCAAGCAGUGAAGGCGAUAUGUGCACUCGCCGGCGGAGUCGAAACAUUACAUGUUACGAACACGUUAAACGCAUUCGCUCAAGCUUGCACGGCACAGAGUGUCAGCAAUGCGGUAACUCCUGAAAUACAUGGCGACAACGGUCCCUACUCGUCUGUGUCGCUACGUUCGGCAACAGCGCGGGAAAAUGUCGCCCUACAAUGUGCCAGACUCAGGGAUGCAGUCAGGGCGUUACUGGCCCUCUAUACAAGAACUAGACUACUGGAUUUCCAACUCACAGAUUCACAGUACCUACUGCACAAUGCUACCUCUAUCGCACAAGCGGUACCAGCGUACACUAUUCAAGAGACAACUCUGUUUUGUAUCGAGGCGGUACACUGCUUACCGCUGUGUUGGAAUCACGACGAGUAUCUGUUCCACGCUCAAGUAUAUUACGGCACGCGUCCUCUAAAAGCACUCCAUUUAACACAGUCAUCACGGAUCGAGUGCGGGGGAUUUUAUCCUAGGAUCAUAUUUGAUACAUGGCUCAAUUUAGAAGAUGUGCCAGUGAACACGUUACCUCGAGAAGCACGUUUAGUGCUGACAUUGUACGGUAGAACUCAACGUACAGUAGACGGGCCGCAUCAAAACGAUGCUAAUCAAACGAACAGCUCUGAUCAAGAGGAGAACACAGAUGUACAGUUUGAGCAAGUGGAGCUAGGAUGGGCGGCUCUACAGCUGUUCGAUUACGAUGGUAUCCUAGCAUCUGGCACGUACGUGUUGCCGCUGUGGCCGGCGGGGUGUGACCGCCGCAUUGGACCCGCGCCACAUCUCAUGAACGCGCCGCCGCAACCACACCCCGUUGUUAAUAUCGAGAUACCUUUAUAUGCACACAAUGGUGUAAAAUGGACAAACGGCGAAGAAGGCAAAGAGAAAACGCUCUCACAUGCGGACCUGCCCGCGUUCGACUCAUUGGAUGGUCACACUCAAUCACAACUGCUGCAUCUGAUAGAACAAGGGGCUUAUCAGAGGAUGCCUACUGAAGGUAGAGAGAUAUUAUGGGAGAAGCGUCAGUACUUGGUGGAGCUUCCGGGAGCUUUGCCCCUGGUGUUAUUGGCUGCUACCAACUGGUACGGUGACCAUCGCGCGCAGCUCGUAGCGUUACUGCACUUGUGGUGCAAACCAUCGCCGCUCAACGCCACCCAUCUGCUGUUGCCCUGUUUCCCGGAUGCAGCAGUGCGGCAGAUAGCAGCAAAUCUCAUCGAUCAGAUGUCAGACGACGAUCUGUGCCGCGUGCUGCCGCAACUGGCACAAGCGUUGCGACACGAAACCUAUGAGUGCAGUCCGUUGGCCGAGUUAUUACUAUCGCGUGCACUCGCUGCGCCCGCCGUCGCUCACAGAUUGUUCUGGCUACUAGUACACUCGCUUCCUAAUGUUCCUCAGGCCCCUAACGAGGAGUUCCUGGGGAUCAGUUUAGAGGAAAGUCCCGGCGAGCCUCAGGACGUGACUGACGGGUGCGUGACGGGAGCAUGGCGGUGCCGAUUGUUGCUCAGAGCUUUACUAGCGAUUGUUGGACAGAAUUUACAUAGGACACUCAUACGGCAGCAGCUACUUGUCAAGACAUUGUCGGAGGUGGCGCUGUCCGUGAAAUGCGCCAAGGACGGUCUCCGGCAGCGCGCGCUCGUGUCGGGCGGCGCCCGCGUGUCCGCGUUACUGCGCGCCGAGCGCACCGCCCUCCCGCUCGCACUGAGGGCGCACGUGCACGACGUGGACGUCAAGUCGUGCUCAUAUUUCUCGUCAAACACGCUCCCCCUUAAAAUCAACUUCAUCGGUGUGGAUAACGCUGUAAUUCCUGCUAUGUUCAAGGUCGGCGAUGAUUUGAGACAAGACGCCUUAGUGCUACAAGUGAUCAAAAUAAUGGAUAGCUUAUGGCUAAAGGCCGGUUUAGACCUGCGUAUGGUCACCUUCGAGGCUUUACCCACUAGCAGUAAGCGAGGAAUGAUAGAGAUAGUGUCUGAAGCGGAAACGCUUCGCGCUAUACAGACUGAAUGGGGAUUGACCGGAUCGUUUAAAGAUAAACCUAUAGCGGAAUGGUUGGCCAAACACAAUCCUUCCGAACUGGAAUACCAACGCGCUAGAGACAACUUUACAGCGUCAUGCGCCGGAUACAGCGUUGCGACUUAUUUGCUCGGUAUCUGUGACCGGCACAACGAUAACAUCAUGUUGAAGACAUCCGGCCACCUGUUUCACAUCGACUUCGGCAAAUUCCUCGGUGAUGCACAGAUGUUCGGCAACUUCAAGAGGGACCGUGCUCCGUUUGUGCUAACCCACGAUAUGGUAUACGUGAUCAACGGCGGCGAAAGGCCCACGCAGCGGUUCCAGCACUUCGUGGAGUUGUGCUGUAUGGCGUUCAAUAUCGUACGGGCUCAUCACGACCAUAUCCUCGAUCUGUUCGCAUUGAUGGCAAUGUCGGGAGUAUCGGGUGUGACCAGUGCGGCCGUGAACUACGUCCGUAGCGCGCUGUUACCGGCCGCUACUAACGCAGAGGCGGCCGCGGCUUUCGCGAGACUCAUACACUCCUCGCUCAAGAGCAAAUUCACGCCUAUCAACUUCUUCUUACACAACUUAGCACAAUUGAGAGCAAGCGGUGACCAAAGCAGCAGCACUUCAGAACUACUGUCCUUCAUGCCGAGGACUUACACCAUGGGCCAGGAAGGACGACUAGUAAGCGUGGAAUGUCUCGGCUACGAGAAGCGCUACGACCCGGAGAAGCACUACGUAUACGCGUUACGGAUUUAUCGUCAGGGGCAGACUACGCCUUCUGUACUGUACCGCUCGUAUAAGCACUUUACAGAGCUCUAUCAGAAGAUAUGCCUUCAUUUUCCGCUAGCUAAAGUCCACAGGUAAGAUUUCAAAGAUAUAAAAUAGAAAUACACCAGUAAUAAAGUCGAAGAAAGAUCAGAUGCUCGCUCAUAGGAUAUUAAAAGAAGUAUGAAACGGAGUGAAAAGAAAACACUGUCAAUCAAGUUUUGGAAAUAAAAACUUUCACAUAAUUUUAUAUAUAAUAUUUAUGUGCAUACACAGAGUGACUUAUGAAAAACUAGUGUUCAAAACGUUUAUAUGCCACUGUAUGCAUAUUUGAGAUCGCUUAGAAUAUUAUAGAAUUAUACAUUGUUUAGGUAAAAGGAUCGAGUCCAAGUUUGACCUAAAAAUUCUUAAUUUUUUAUUUAUUUUAUACCGGAUGAGUAGCUCGGUGGCGUAGUGGAUAAGCGCCGCGACACGCGAUCGUUGUCGUUUAGCAACUUUGGCAAGGGUCGGUCACGGGAUGGGUGACCAAAAAAAUAUUAUCUCGAGCUACUUCGUGCUUCAGAAGGCACGUUAAGCCGUUGGUCCCGGCUGCAUUUGUAGUCGUUAAUUGAUUGGGCCAGCGUGGAGGGUCAUGCUCCUUAACCAUCCAUAAGGAAGGCCUGAGCCCCUGCAGUGGAGCCGAUGAUGAUGAUGAUGAUGAUAUACCGGAUAAUAAAGUCUGAAAAUGAAGCUGGAAUGAAUAUUGCGAGUGAUAAUUGCUAUUAAAAAGGUCUAUGAAAACAACAACAAUGCGAUUCGGACCGUACAAUGACGGCUUUGUUGCGUUUUGUUUCAUCUACUACGUAUAAAUAUUCUUAAGUGGUAAGGCUAAAAACACAUCAACAAUUACAUUAAAAUUUAUUUCGACACUCAUGAGUCAAGAUAUAAAAAGCUUUGAUUUAAUACAUUAGUUUUUAAAGUAUCUCGAAUUUUGACAGCUGCUUCCCUAACUUAAAAAAAUAUAUUUACAAAUUUCUCAUUUCUCCAGCCUUCAGAUGACAUUAUGCGAAAACUAAUUGAAAUUAUCACGAGCGGUCGUUCUUAAAAUAAACAUGUGACAGGUCAAUCAUUGUAUAGGAAGUGGGCAUGGUUCUUUUAUGUUACUUAUAAAAACUAUAUUUGCAUAGUCGUUUUUUGUGCAAAUAUUAAUGUACAGUCUCCUUCAGAAAAAACAUAUUUAGUCAAACCUUUCAUAAAAAUCAUUAUAGAAAACUACUGACAGAUUUUUGCUAUUUUUCCCCAUUAAGAUUUAUACAGUUGAUAUUGGUGUCUUAUCUAAUCCAAUAAAUUAACGAAACAUAACUAUUUUAACAUAUUUUUUUAUUUCUACAUAAAUACGAUAACAUUUUCUUAUCACUAUAACAACAUUAUUAAUAAUUUAUCGUUCACUAUCCAGGACUAAUCUCACUGAAUUCUUUAAUGGAAUUAAUAUCACUGCACACAAUUCAUGAAGCACUUGUGCUAAACGAAAAAUAAUUGUUAUGCUUCACUGUUAUUAUCGUUUCCAAGUUUGUAUUGAAGAUCCAUGACCAUGUUCUUUUUCGGACCUUUCAUUAUCGGCUGUCCCGUUGUCGGCUUGGACAUUUGUUGUCUAUGCUGAGAUAUCAGGUCCCAACUGUUGGUAGGUUCCGGUAUAGGUUUGCUGAAAGUCACGUUGCUUCCGCUACUGUUAGACUCCACUAACGUGGUAACCUCCGAGUAGGGAGGUGGUCCGCUGCUGCGACUUAUUGAGCUUUGUAAAGUGUUAGUUGAAUACGGUUCUCGAUUUGUGGAUUGAACGUCACGUGAGUAAGGUUGGGUCGGUGUAUUCCUAGAAGCUUGGUUAGGUAGUAAAUUCACUGUUUGCUCUCUGCUUCCUGUAUUUGAUGUCGUGUUCGCCGAGUUCGAUGUCGUAUUCGUUAAGGAUGACGUUGUAUUCGCUAAAGGAUUAGCAGUUUGGGGUUGCGGCGCUUGACGCUUCUUCUGAAGUUUCGCUUGUUCCCGCGCCGCUUCCUUCUCCCUCUUCUUCCUCAAUUUCUCUUGUUUUUCUUGCUCUUUCGCAGCGAUCUUCUCGUUGGCUUUCUGUGCGGCCAGUCUUUUCUUUUCCAAUUUGAUCUGUUCCUUGUUAUCUAUUUUCGUUCUCUCGUCAGUUCUAGUGUUUCUGUUGGCGUUUACAGCUGGACCUCCUCGUGGGUCGUAUGACACAUUGUUUACGCUUUUGUGCAGUUGAUCGGGUAAUUUAUUUUGGUGGGUGAGGUCACUGGUGCUUUUUGUUGGUCGCAAUGCAGAAUUAGACUGAAUUUCCGUAGGGAAUUCGAAUGUUGAUGUUGUUACAUUAUGAGGUUUUGACAGUCUUCCGUUAUCUGAAAUAUUCAAAGAAUCUAUGAAUGGAUGAUAAAUAUAGCGCAUAGUGAGAUGACACUGUUACAAUUCGAAAUUAAGGGACUCUGAAUGUAGUUUUUAAAUUUAAGGUACUUAACUUGAUUUUCGUAAAUUUUUUAUCGUGACACUUUCACUAUAUGCAAUGGUAGUGUUCUAACUCACCGAAAAACUCAUCUCUGUUAAUCCUGUACGCCCCAGCUAGAGAUUCGUUAUCACUUUCCUUUUUCUUAUUUCGAGCAUGGAAAUUUAUAUGAGCCUUAAAACCGCCGAACUUAAGCAUCAGUAUGAGGCACGACACACACGCAAAAAUAGCUAUAGAUCCAACAUAGUUCACUGGGUGAUUUACUGAAAAAACACGUAAAUCUUAGUAUUUUAUUAUUUUCUGUAUAUUUGCGUAAUUAAAGGGUGACCUGCUUGUACUUACAUUCUGUCGGAGUCCUUAAUAUAGCCAUCGUUUUUAUUCACAGUAGGAAUGUAAAUAAAUAUAUUUAUUCGUGGUGAUCAUAGUGUGUUUGUACAUUAAUGUUUGAAUCGAUACUUGAUUCGUCAGAUUAGAUAAGUGAUAAUGAGUACUUAGUAAAGUUGUUUUAAUGCGUCGUCGCCCUUAUCUCUUGCCAACGAAAAUGACUCAAUUAAUCGAAGAAACAAUGGAUUUGUUUAAUCAUUUAAUAAUUUUAUCUGCGAUAACAUACAAUUGUCUCAUUU